UCAACACGAACCGAAGUGUCCGGUACGCAAACGCAGGGGUUGGAAAGUCUCGGCUGCGUGAUUCGGACGUAUAAAACAGUGGUGGCGUUCCAAAUACCCUAUCAUUAGCUUUCCGUCAUUUGCUUAAUCAACAUACCACCGCACCCAGGACACUGGUACACCUGAGUGAGAAGCGUAAGGGCGAGAGAAAGAGAGCGAGUGUGUGUGUGUGAGUGAUCGUGUUGUGACUUAGUUAUCUUGAACGCAGGUUGAAUCCUUGCGCUCCUGUCAACGAAAUGAUGCCGGCUCGAUCCUGUUCGAUGGUGUUGGUGGUUGUGGUGGCACUGAUUGCUGGUGCUGCUUCUGGAGCCUCGAUCGCGUCCAAUUUGGUCGAGGAAGAGCGACCCAGAAUCGCGACCAGUGAGGAGCUGCUGUCUUCGAUUGUGAACGAGUGCUUCGAUGGUGCGUCGGUCAUGGGUUGCCUGAAGGGCAAGGUUCUGCUGUAUCUGGACGGUAUGCUGGGACUGCGACAGGAGGAAGCACGUGCCUUCGACGAUGGUAACGUGGAUGAAGUGAUCUUCGAUCGUGUUGGACGUGUUCUGGCUACCCACGAAAUCCGUGUCCAGCUGCCUGAAGAUACCGUUGUGAGCUAUCGUGCCGACAAAGGUUUGGACAUCGAUGUGCUGCCGGCAGGACUUGCGACUGAAGCGGCCCGUGGUCACUUACUGAAGAAGAAACUCCUGCUUCCAGUGUUGCUGCUGCUGAAGCUGAAGAUGAAGGCACUGAUGCCGAUCUUCCUCGGGCUGAUCGGACUGAAGGCAAUGAAGGCGCUCAUGCUGUCCAAGUUGGCCAUUACGCUUGUGCUCGGUUUCUUGAUUGCGCAGCUCGUGAAGAAGUCGGGACUCGGUAUGCCAAUGUCGAUGAUGCCAAUGAUGCCACCAGCACCGGCCGCUGAGUAUGGAGCGCCGGUACCUGCCUCUUCCACGCCUGCCUCCAGCUACGAACCAUCGUCCUGGGAGUCAUCCUCCGGACCGUACUCGCGUCUCUGGGAACCAUCUACGUCUGGAUCGUCUCACAGCCUCGCCUACAGCUCGUACUAUCCUAGCUCGAGUGGCUCGAGCUCGUACACGGCUUACAAUGCUGGUUCCAGCAGCUCCUCGUCCGUCGGCUCCGGUAGCUCUUCCUCUUCCUCCUCUCCUUCCUCAGGAUCCUCAUCCUCUCCCUCUUCCUCGUCGAAUGCAGCACACGCUUACUAGAAAGUGAACCGUACUGCGCCAGUCACGUAAACCCGUACACCAAAGCGAAGUCGCAACUUAGCCCCGGAUGCGUACUUUGAGCCAUUUCUUCCGGGAGGCCGAUAGUAGACAACUCAACCCUCUACGGAAAGGUUGAAACGAACGGCGGUAUCGUUAACUUUCUAUCGCCACGAUCCCCCGAUUGGAGGUACAUUUCCAAUCGGUUACAAUCGGAGAAACUGUGGCAAUGUCUGUUUGCGAUCAUCCGCAACAUCUGAGUACAUCAUGCGUGUACUAUUGGCUUUGUGAGGGUAAUUAGCUUAAGCCCUUUCCUUUAUCCUUUUCUUCCUUGCGAUCUAUUUAUUGUCUCCCUUGCGAAACGUUAUUUAUUGAAUGAGGACAUAACAAUAAACAAAUCAACGAAAAUUCAUCAAAACGAACGCUGAAAUGAUACUGCAAUGAUGCUACUAUUAUAGUUAUAGUUUUAUGUUUGUAUUUCAAUACAGGUAAGUGAAUUUUCUUUGCCAGAAAACUAUUUUACGAAUUUUGAAGGAUGUCCGAUAUUUGAUAGGAAAAAUGAUUUAUAGUUUGCAUUAUUAAAGUUUGUAUGAAAGAAUCAGCGAGACCUAAUCAACAUCGCGAUUUUUAUUGGAGUUAAUACAUAAAAAUUAUACGGUGGGCACUGUCAAUUUGAUAAAAAUAUUUUUUUUUGCAAUCUUUCUUCAUUUCGAGCCUUCAUUAAUUGAGAAACUGAAAAUUAUACCCAACACUAUUAUUACAACUUCGAUUAUUAUAUUAAAACUUUUACAAACUACAUGUGAACAAAAAUUGAAACUAUAAACAAUCAAACAAAUGAACGGUAGAACAAAAAAAAAUAUUUUCUUUCUUAAAGGAAGCAAA